AUGGAGUACAUGCGACAGUUCGAGAAGUUUCAGCUGGCGGAUCUGGACAGCUAUUUCGAGGAGGCGUACGCCUGGUACUUCAUCCACGUGGAUGCAGAGGACCUUCGAAACCGGUGGUCCACCGUUCGGCCGCGUGUGGCAAAUAUCCUUCGGGCAGCCAAGAAGGUCUCUCGAUUGCCCACGAUCUCGACCUGGGAGAUCAGGAGGAUCGACGAGUGCCUGGAGAAGGACAUCUGGUACUUGAGGUCUGUGGUUCGGCAGUGUUUCUUCGGGCUUGGCAGAGGGAGACGUCUCACUGCAUCGGAGACAGCUCGUCGCUGCCGUUUGGUUCACAGCGAAGAUCCGGUACUCGAAAAGGAGAAUCAGCUUUUGCAUGCACGGCUAGAUGUCCGCGCGAUGCUACGAGCCAUCUUUUCCGGGCUGGCAGUUGCAGCCGCAAGUUCAGGCCCGGCCGGCCCGGCCGAAGUCUCCAGCGGCACGAAGCUGUCGCAGAAGUUUGACUAUGGAGCGUUUGACCAGAUCACCGCGCAGCUCGAUCCUGAGAAGCUUGAGGAGAACAUGCUGCAGGCGAUGACUACAAACAGCUCAGCCAGGGAGAACACCAUCAAAAAGAUGAUGGGCAAGCUCCAGACCUUUGCCCAGGAUGAGCAGUCCUGGGAGCAAAAGGCGAUUGAUGCAUUCCAUGGCAAGUUGAGCGAAUCCUGCGACAAGCUCGUGAAAGCCGCGGGAGAGGCAACCGUGAAGCUCCAGAAGGACGUUCAGGAGGAGCGAAUCGCACCAUUCGAGGAAGAUGAGGGCUGCGUUGGCCAGCUCAGCGAAGCCAUCAAGAAAGAGAUGCAAAACAACCUGGGGGAUGAGCAUGGCUUCCACGGCCUAGGUGCCGCGGUGGCUUACGUGUCCAUGAUGGGCGCAAACUAUGGCUGCGAAUCCGAGGCAGGAAUUCGCGGCCUCGAUUUGCAGGAUGAAGCCGCGAGGCUUUGUGGAAAGGCCGUGUACGAGAGACAAGAGAAAGCGGCAGAAAAGGCAGCAAAGGCGGCGGCAGAGGCCGCCAAGAAGGCCGCAAAGAAGAAGGCGAAGAAAGCGGAAGUGGUUUCAUCCGCCUCAACAGAUGAUGCCUCGAAGGCCUUUGAGCUCAAGAGCCUGAGAAGGGCACAGUUGAUCCUCCGCCUGCACAGAUCUCCGAUAGCUCUUUCUGCAAGUUCUAGCUUGCUGAUCUUGCUGGCAGAUGCUGUCAUCGGGGCUUUAGGGGCUCGGGCACCAUGUUCCGAACCCUGUCAUCGAGUUUUCGUUAUGAGGGACCAUGUCUUCCACGACAGUGCUAAGAGUUUUGCGGUGGUCUGUCUCUGCUGCUCAUCAGAGAAUCGACAUGAAUCGACGGUGUUUGUCCCUGCUGUCCAAGGCCCUGGUAGCCCUAUAACGAACGAUUUGGUAUGGAAUGGCCUGUCCGGGAUGUUUCGGGAAGGCAGGCCCACGCCUACGCGUCUUGUGCAAUGGGUCCUUCAGCCCAGGCAAAGUGGCGUCUCCACGCCCGUGCUUUUUGCGGCCCUUUUGGCUGCAUCCCUCGCUGCAGUGGCGGCUACCUUGGCAGUGGUUAACAUGCGGCGAACACGCGAGCUGCUGCUCAUCCGUGCCACAGAAGAUGACUACCCAGUUUCCGACUGA